GUUUUCAGGCUGCCUGCUGGUUGCGGAGUUGUGGGGCUCCCUGCUGACCCCAACGUCCCUCCGAUGAACCCCAUGAACUCCAUGAAACCUGGCCUGCCUCCUAAUCCACACAGGUGUGUACCAACUACCCACCCAGCCAGACAGCCUGCCCAUCUCUCCUCCCUCUCCGUUCGAUAAGGAUGAUUCUAAGCUUUGAUGUGUUUUGUAGAUUGGAAGAAUAGCUAUGUGACUUUCAGGGCCUGUAUUCACGUGUCUCAGAGUAGGAGUGCUGAUCUAGGAUCAGGUCCCCCCUCUUAUUCAUUAUGAUUUAAAACACGAAACUGAUCCUUGGUCAUACUCUGAGAUGCUUUGUGAAUACGGGCCCAGAAAUACAUCCUAUCUGUGAAUUUCUGUCAAGGAGGCAAGGGAGAGUCGAGAUGAACUGACAGAUAAAGUGAACUUAUUUUGAGGAUGGCUGGCUAGACGUGGGAGUUGAGAAAAGAGUGUGACAGUAAUGUUUUUAUUUGAAUGAGAAAGUACACCCACACAAGGCAAAAAUAUGCCACCACCUUUCACUCCAACGUAGCUUUAUUUUAAUAUAGAAACACUUACUCAACACAGUUUUGUGCUGAUAUAGCCUUCUAACCCUCACUUCAGUACAGUUUGCCUGGAUAGAGGCCUGGGUCUAGCCCAGCAAAUCUCUCUCUUCCAGUUGAAAUUCCUGUACCACCAACAUCAACUUUCUCUAGCAGUUUACCAUAGUCACCUCUCAGUCCAACCAAGUUGGAUUUUGUUGACAGUAUGAAGUAGCAGCUAGCCUUAACAGCUUUCUCAAUUGGUCCGUGUGUCUGAUGAUGAUGAAGUAGUAUGACCCGGUGUGAUCCCUGUCCCUGGCCUUUGUGCUCUGGGUUGAAGUUCCCCCUAUGUACAGUUCUAGGAUAAGCUUCCCCUCCCCAAAUCCUAACCUUAACCAUUGGGGAAAAUGCUAAACUGACUCAAGAUCUGUAUCUAUGGCCAACUUUAACCUACACCUGCAGUAGCACUUCAGGGAAUCAUCAUUGCACAACAUUUGUGCAGAGCCACACGUUCUAAUACAGUUUGGACCUUGGAUUUGACCAAAUUCAGAAUGACCUCACCUGAAGUAAACUGUUCAGUGAAGUCACAGAGCGUAGCCCCAUCUUACCUGGAGUAUGUUGAACAUGUAACCUAAAGCAAGGAGACUUUAGUGUUGUUGCUCUCUGGCUGCUGGGUAUAACUAGCCUACAUACUGUAGUGUAGGGACUUGGGAGCAGUGGCUCUGCUGCAGCAAGGCUGCACACCAAGUUUGCGUCCCCAGCCUGUUCCCUAUUUAGUGCACUACUUUUGACCAGGAUAGGGAAUAGGGUGCCAUUUGGUAAAUGUGUUGUCACAUCCAUAGAUGUGUGGUGUGCAGCGUGUGAGUCAGUGUGACCUGUGGACAGGUUCUGUGGAGCUCUGAAGAGCUCUGUUGUCUGAGAGUGGAGAGGGGCUCAGAGAAACAUGCCACUGUCCUUUGUCCCAGUCAAGGGAUCAGGCCCACAGGAAGUAGUUUGCAGGAGGUGCCGUGUUGUGGUGUACAUACAUGGUUCUUCUCAUCUUCAUGGUCAUUGAAGGUGUCCCACAUAGUUCAAGGCCGCCUGUACACACACACACCGCGCACACACGCACUGUACACAUGCACACACACACACUACACACACACAACACACACACACAUUUACACUCCCAAUGGGUUUGUGCAGAUGCCUGAGUGUUGUAUCUGUGCAUCAGGGUUUCUGUUAGGAAAAUGUGGCGCCUGACAACAUGACUGGGAAGAUUUUAAUUUACCUGCCAUUUGAGAAAUUUACCGGACCCAUGUGUAUUGUGUGUAUAACCCAUUAGGGCAUCCACCCACGGUGCUCAGAAUGACAGAAAUACCAUUUAGAUUAUGGUAAUGCAUUUUAACAGAACAUGCAACUCGUAAUGUCCCCACCUAUCUUCCAAAAACAUCUGAAACCCUACCUCUUUAAACAGUACAGUGAAUUCGGAAAGAGUCAGACCACUUCCCCUUUUUCCACAUUUUGUUAUGCUACAGCCUUAUUCUAAAGUGGAUUAAAUAUUUUUUCCCCCUCAUCAAUCUACACACAAUACCCCUUAAUGACAAAGCGAAAACAGGUUUUCAGAAAUGUUUGCUAAUUUAUUACAAAUAAAAAACAGACCUUUUGCUAUGAGACUCAAAAUUGAGCUCAGGUGCAUCUUGUUUCCAUUGAUCAUCCUUGAGAUGUUUCUACAACUUGAUUGGAGUCCACCUAUGGUAAAUUCAAUUGAUUGAAAAAGAAAAGGAGAGCCGCACACUCUAGGAGCUCAGAUGCAAUAAUUUAAUAACCUAAUAACCAACGUUUCGACAGACAAGCUUUCUUCAUCAGGGUAUAAUGACAAACACUGUGGGUCACUUGUUUAUAUAGUUUCAAAGGACACACAGGUGUCUGUAAUCAUGGCCAGGUGAGGCUUGAUAUCAUUGGUUAAUUUACAGAUAUAAAUAGAAAAUAUAGAAAACAUGAAUGGAUAGCAUACGAUCAUAGAGACAAUUUGGCUACAUAGGCCUACAAACAUUUACAAUGAAUAGCAAAAUCACAAUAAUGACAAGAAUGGCUUCAGAUCAAAAUCUAUGUUGAGACCGAAGGGAGCAAGGGUCUUUAAAUUAAAGAUCUGCCUGGAUCUCCUUUUCUUUUUUAGGUCUUCUACUCCGCUAGCCAGCACCUAAACAGGUGUGCGUUUCUUUCACCUCCAAAUUCAAUUGAUCGGAUAUGAUUUGGAAAGGCACACACCUGUCUAUAUAAGGUCCCACAGUUGACAGGGCAUAUCAGAGUUAAAACCAAGCCAUGAGGUCAAAGGAAUUGUCCGAAGAGCUCUGAGACAGGAUUGUGUCGAGGCACAGAUCUGGGGAAGGGUACCAAAACAUUUCUGCAGCAUUAAAGGUCCCCAAGAACACAGUGGACUCCAUCAUUCUUAAAUGGAAAAAGUUUAGAACCACCAAGACUCUUCCUAGAGCUGGACGCCUGGCCAAACUGAGCAAUCGGGGGAGAAAGGCGGGAGAACCUUCCAGAAUAACAACCAUCUCUGCAGCACAGCACCAAUCAGGCCUUUAUGGUAGAGUGGCCAGACAGAAGCCACUCCUCAGUAAAAGGCACAUGACAGCCCACUUGGAAUUUGCCAAAAGGCACCUAAAGGACUCUCAGACCAUGAGAAACAAGAUUAUCUGGUAUGAUGAAACCAAGAUUGAACUCUUUGGCCUGAAUGCCAAGAGUCACGUUUGGAGGAAACCUGGCACCAUCCCUACGGUGAAGCAUGGUGAUGGCAGCAUCAUGCUGUGGGGAUGUUUUUCAGCGGCAGGGACUGGGAGACUAGUCAGGAUCGAGGGAAAGAUGAACGGAGCAAAGUACAGAGAGAUCCUUGAUGAAUACCUGCUCCAGACUAGGGCGAAGGUUCACCUUCCAACAGGACAAUGACCCUAAGCAGACAGCCAAGACAACGCAGGAGUGGCUUCGGGACAAGUCUCUGAAUGUCCUUGAGUAGCCCAGCCAGAGUCCGGACUUGAACCCAUCGAACAUCUCUGGAGAGACCUGAAAAUAGCUGUGCAGCAACGCUCCCCAUCCAACCUGACAGAGUUUGAGAGGAUCUGCAGAGAAGAAUGGGAGAAACUCUCCAAAUACAGGUGUGCCAAGCUUGUAGCGUCCUACCCAAGAAGACUCGAAGAUGUAAUCGCUGCCAAAGGUGCUUCAACAAAGUACUGAGUAAAGGGUCUGAAUAGGAAGGCUGCACACCAAGGUUUCAUAACCAAUAUUUAUGUAAAUGUCAUAUUUACGUCUUCUUUUUUGUUUGUUGCAAGAAUUUCUGAAAACCUGUUUAUGCUGUCGUUAUGGGGUAUUGUGUGUAGAUUGAUGAGGGGAAAAAACUAUUUUAUCCAUUUUUGAAUAAGGCUAAUUUCUGUUAAUUAAUCCAUUAAUUACUGUCAUUUACCGUUCUCAUUCUCGGAGUGGAAAAGUUGUUUGCAGAGUUCACAACCUGCCUCACUUGUGAGAAACAUGUUUUGGUUUAUUUCAUAACCAUCAUUUACGAGAUUUAUAAAUUUUUUCAUUGCCUUUUGUUUGGCGUGCUCAGUGUGAACAAUGAGCAUGUGUCUGGUUUCUCUGUCCUGAUAAUGUUGAGGGAUCGUGCACGCCUGAGCACGUAUAGAAGUACCUGGCCUGCUGCGUGGAAAUGUAGGAAAGUGGUUUUUUUAACAUCCAUUGCGAAUUAUAAUAUAAUAAAACUAUAGUUCUUCACUGUAAGCUAUUUGAAAAAUCUUUCCAACAUUCUCCCCCUCGAUAAUCACCAAUCCUCAGUGUGAAAGAACAAUGGAAGUUAUAAGCCUACUGCUGCAUUGGCCUAUACAUUGGCAUUUUCCCUAUUUUGUUGCCUUACAACCUGGAAUUGAAAAUUGAUUUUUUGGGGGUUUGUAUCAUUUGAUUUACACAACAUGCCUACCACUUUGAAGAUUUUUUUUUUUUUUUUUUUUGUGAAACAAAAAAGAAAUAAGACAAAAAAAACAGAACUUGAGCGUGCAUAACUAUUCACCCCGCCAAAGUCAAUACUUUGUAGAGCCACCUUUUGCAGCAAUUACAGCUGCAACUCUCUUGGGGUAUUUCUCCAUAAGCUUGGCACAUCUAGCUACUGGGAUUUUUUCCCAUUCUUCAAGGCAAAACUGCUCCAGCUCCUUCAAGUUGGAUGGGUUCCGCUGGUGUACAGCAAUCUUUAAGUCAUACCACAGAUUCUCAAUUGGAUUGAGGUCUGGGCUUUGACUAGGCCAUUCCAAGACAUUUAAAUGUUUCCCCUUAAACCACUCGAGUGUUGCUUUAGCAGUAUGCUUAGGGUCAUUGUCCUGCUGGAAGGUGUACCUUUGUCCCAGUCUAAAAUCUCUGGAAGACUGAAACAGGUUUCAUUCAAGAAUUUCCCUGUAUUUAGCGCCAUCCAUCAUUCCUUCAAUUCUGAGCAGUUUCCCAGUCCCUGCCGAUGGAAAAACAUCCCCAUAGCAUGAUGCUGCCACCACCAUGCUUCACUGUGGGGAUGGUGUUCUCGGGUGUGAUGAGAGGUGUUGGGUUUGCACCAGACAUAGCGUUUUCCUUGAUGGCCAAAAAGCUCAAUUUUAGUCUCAUCUGACCAGAGUACCUUCUUCCAUAUGUUUGGGGAGUCUCCCACAUGCCUUUUGGCGAACACCAAACGUGUUUGCUUAUUAUUUUCUUUAAGCAAUAUCUUUUUUCUGGCCACUCUUCCAUAAAGCCCAGCUCUGUGUAGUGUACGGCUUAAAGUGGUCCUAUGGACAGAUACUCCAAUUGCCGCUGUGGAGCUUUGCAGCUCCUUCAGGGUUAUCUUUGGUCUUUUUGUUGCCUCUCUGAUUAAUGCACUCCUUGCCUGCUCCGUAAGUUUUGGUGGGAGGCCGUCUCUUGGCAGGUUUGUUGUGGUGCCAUGGACUAUUUUGUGUAUGUCCAUUACAUGAAAUCCAAAUAAAAAUCCAUUUAAAUUACAGGUUGUAAUGCAACAAAAUAGGAAAAGCGGCAAUGGGGAUGAAUACUUUUGCAAGGCACUAUAGGCUAUGAGUUCCAUGCGCUCAUUUCUUUAUGCGCCAUUGGAUCAUGGCGAUCUCGCAUUAGUUGACUUUUAACUUUUCGAUUUUGAUCAUUUUAAUUCCGAUUUUUAUGAUUAACCAUGUGACAAUGAUUUUGAGAAACUAAAAUGUUAUUAUUUAAAUGAAACUGUUCCACGAAAAUGCGCAUAUGAAAAUCAUAACUGGCACGUAAAACAGUAGAAAUGGUAGGUUAAUUAUAAGCUUUCCCAAACUUGAAACUCACUCGCCGACGAAUUCUUUAUAAAAUAAUUGCCUCCACGCUUUAUGGUCAGAUUUUGCCUAUAGGCUACUUUGAAGCAAGGUAAGACAUGCCUCAUAAAAUGAAAUAAAACAUUCAGGUUUCAAACAAUUAAGUAUGUCUUCAAAAUGCAUACUGGCUCUAGCUCACAUUGUAAAGUGGUGGGUGACGCGCUGAUAUCCUGUUGCCUGCACUUGAAUAGUGAUUGGGAGGCACGCUUCAAUUACCUAUUGAGAAAUAAAAAAAGUAUUAUUUUUAAUCGUUCACCAAAACUGUUUUUAACACAUGAUUGCCUUUAGAAUUGUUGCGCAAAGAAUGGGCUUAUAAAAGCAGGUUUUACUGUUCCAGCAGCUAACAGCUGAGGAGCUCUGUAUGCUGUGCACGUGUGAUAGUUGUGUCAAUAGACACAUGAUGACUAACGAAAAUACACACAGGCCAAUUUCAUUUCACUAAAUUAUGCAAAUUACCUAUAGACCCAUAAGAAUCACGGUCAAAUGUAUUUCUAUCGACUGGUAUUUCCAUCAAUGAAUAUAAGCAUAAUUUUGCAAUGGGAUUUUUUAAAGUCUCCCAGUCAUUUUGGCCGGCAACAGGCUUUUCAUUUUUUUUAUCGGCCAAAAUAACGGAAACCCUGCUGUGCCUGUGUGGCCACCGUGCCAGACUCAACAAGAUGUGCGCUGCAAGGCUGAUUAUGGAAAGCAAACAGGAAUAACUAGAGCAGGCCUGUUUUACCCAGUAUGAGUCACACACACACACGUAACUUCUCUCUUGGCACUGCUACUUUUACCCCUAUCUAGGUGACGGCUUUAUCUCCAUGGAGACAUGGUGCAGUGUCGUGUGAUAAUGUGACUGACAUGCACAAGGCAAAUCCACUAAGUAAAGCACAGGCAGCACACAUGCUCAGCAGAGAUUUUAAAUAUGAACGGGCUAUAGCAAAGCCAGAAUCUUCAGGCAUGCAUGUUGCUUACAUGUAUAAAUACAUUUCCAUAUUUCUCUCCUGACAAAGCAAAGCUCCAGCAUCAGCUCAAAGCUCCGACUUAUCCACCUUAUCCCAUAGUUGAGGUCCCCGAAGCGCCAUAGAGGAAGUGUUGGUCACGACCCAAUUCUCCAGUCAGUAAUCUCUCUCUGUCUCUCCUCCUCCUCAGUGACGGCUCCUACCCUUAUGACCCUGUGUCCUGGCAGCAAGGCAGCAAUCAGCCGGCAGGCUCCCUGUCUGUGGUAACCACAGUGUGGGGGGUGACCAAUCCUUCACCCAGCCAGGUAUGGAUAGACCCGUGACCCCAUGAAAGCAAACAUUAAGGCUGCGUCCCAAAUGGCACCCUAUUCCCUAUGUAGUGCACUACUUUUGACCAGGACCCAUUUGGGACGCUACCUACAGCUGCGAUACAAUGUCACCCUCCCUUCCCUUCCUCCACAGGCGAUAGAUCAACAUUCCAAAGUACAAGUAUCAUCGCGGUGCGAUAUUAGAACUAGGUUGAUAGUGAUUCACCUCGUAACGCUCCUCUGUUUGUUUCUCCUCCCCCUCUCAGGUCCUGGGUGGGAACCCGAUGGGCCCAGGUGGGAACUCUGGCGGGGGCAACAUGAUGCCUGGCCACAGCCCUGGGAUGGGCCAGCAGUUUAUUGGUCAACAGGGCUACCCGGAGCCCAACAAAGGCUACAUGCAGCAGGGCAUGUACGGCAGGGGCAAUGGGGGAUACCCUGCCGGGCCUGGCUACGUGGGCAGGUAAGCGUCAGACAGACAGAUAUAGCCCAGGCCCAGGCCACAUGUUUUUACCUCCGCUCAUUCAUGUGGAAUUACCUCGUGGAGAAGGAGAGGAGAGAUUUGGAGGCAAAGAUUAAGUGAGUCAACAUCUUGACCACACACACAUGCCCGUGUUGGCAAUAUGCCUCUGCCAACUCCAGUAUGUGAAGGCUGGAUAGUGUCAGAGCUCCUCAUCCAUCUUCCUUUGCUGCAACCGUUUCCUUUUAGUGAGACCUGUCUCUGACUCACCCAUUGACAGCAGCAUCCUUUUGCCAUCCCCUCUCAUACCAUUGUAGAUUCAGUCGACUAGUAGGCUAUUUAAUCCUGAAUAGACUAAAUUGUUAAACAUUCAGGGUGACACUAGUGGUUAAGAGCGUUGUGCCAGUAACAGAAAGGUCGCUGGUUCUAAUCCUCAAGCCGACUAGGUGAAAAAUCUGCCGAUGUGCCCUUGAGCAAGGCACUUAACCCUAAUUGCUCCUGUAAGUCGCUCUGGAUAAGAGCGUCUGCUAAAUGACAAAAAUAAAUAAAUAAAUACAAAUAAUCUCUAUGCACCAUUCGUUUUUGAAUAGCUGGAACUAUUCCCUCCGAGCACAAGGGACAAGAGUCCAAACCAAAACAGAAUGAAUUAGCUGUCAGACAUGUUGUAUAGUAGUCCUCCUUUAGUCUUUGUAUAGUAGCAAUGAGGAUGAUGGUUUCUGGUUAUACGGAACAGUUACUGUUUUACAGGGAGAAAAUGUACCUGUGUGUGAAAUACUGGAGACACACACUAUUUUCAGAUUGGUUUAUUUUGAAACAACCAUUUCUCUGCCGCCUCAGUUACCCCAAUAACGGAGGGGGGUCUAUGGGCAUGCCCCCUCACGGCAUCCGCCCUCAAACCGACUUCACCCAGGCGGCGGCGGCAGCUGUGGCCGCAGCGGCUGCCACAGCAACGGCCACAGCCACGGCAACGGUUGCUGCUAUCCAGGAGAAGCAGAACCAGGAGAUGAACUAUGGCCAGGUAAGGAAGGAGGGAUGGAGGGAGGGAGGGAGAGCAAGGUAGUACAUGCUCUAGAGUUAAUUUUUCCAUAGGUAUAGAUCUAGGAUCAGCUUGCCUUCUCCCAAAUCCUAACCUUAACCAUUAGAGGGGAAAAUGCAAAACUGACCCAAGAUUAGUAUCUAGGGGCAACUUAAUCCUACUCUGCUAUUGUAAUACUAUUGUCUCAGGAUGACCACAAGCCAGGGGUUGAGACGUAAAAGCCUUAUGGGAGUUGCCUGUCAGACUCAUGUAUUGUGUUGAAACAUCCAACCAAAAUGGUGGCCUCUGUGGGUCUGAGUGGAUACUGCACCCCCUGCUGGCUGUAGGAGUGAGUGUCUUAUGAGCAACACCGCUCAAAUGGACUGUAUUUAUACGUUAUUAUAACCACGUAAACCAGGGAAAACAGAGAACAUCAAAGAGACUUCUGUUUGCUUUAUCUCAUCUGCCAUGUCACGCCCACACUAACCUAGAGGACUUUUCAGAUGGGCGGCGGCGCGGGCUACAACACACAGUUCAUGCAACACCCGGGCCCCAGAGGUCCCCCUGGCAUGUCCCCGGCAGGGAUGGGUCCCGCUCGUCCCCCGUCCAUGGGGCCCAUGUACGGAGCCCCUCAGGGCCAGAGGAUGCCCCAGCACCCGGGCUACCCCGGGGCUCAGCAGGGACCCCCCAGGCCGCAGCAGGGACUCAAACGCCCAUACAACGCUGAGGUUCGUCUCUCCCGGCGAAUUACUUCACAUACUUUCUAAUGCAAACCAUUUGUAGACUGAUAGCCAUAAAUUGGAAAUAUACAGUGUGAAUUAUAAUACUAUGUUAACACCUACAUACAUCCAUAAUCAUAUUUCAUUUAAUUUGAUUAAGCUUGAUCUUGAUAUGUAGUUGUUUUUGGUUACACUGUCCAACUUCACCAAAAUGGGCCAUUUUCUUAUAGUAGUCCCUUCACAUUUUAGCAAGUUAACGCCUCUAAUAAAUGCUGGGUAUCAAAGUGUAAUUUCGCCAGCUUAAAACUCAAGUAAGCUCAACUUCCUUAUUUGGUGAGGUCAUUCUCUGUAACAUUAUAGCUUUCAUUUCGUUGUAUCCCCAUCAUACCAGAAAUAUAAUUGUGUGCCCAGUUUUGUUUUGAGGUCAACACAUAUCUCUGUUCCAUUUUGCCCCCUCUGUGUCUCUCCCUCAGGGCUUUCCCGGGCAGCAGUAUGGUCCAGGCAUGGCUGGCCCUGCUCCUGGUCAGGGGCCCUACCCUGGGCAGCCCAUGCAGUACCACGGGGGCCCGGGGCCCCAGCGCUCAGCUACCUCCCCCUCCUACCAAGGCCACAAAAUGCCCAUGCAGCAGGGCAACAUGGGCCAGUACCCCUCGGGACCAGCCCACCCAGGACAGUACUACAAGGUAACGCUUCCUACGCUGUCCAGUGUCUGUCUGUCUGUUUCACAGCCUGGUGGCCUGUGCUGUUUUCACACCCUCCUUCCCAUGUGUGUGUAUGCCCUGGCUGGCUACUGUAAUAAUACCCAAACUAGAGUCCAGAGUACAAACCAGUGUUUUGCGAUUUGCCUUUCAGUCGGAGCAGUUCAACGGGCAGGGCAACACGCUAAAUUCACUAGCAGCCGGGGGAGUCGGUGGACCUUACAACACCUUCAACCAGGCUGCAGUCAAUGGGGUGAGAGAGAGAGAACUCAUUCUACCUUCAUUAUGUUUUUGUGUAACAUGGUCCCAGAUCUGUUUGUGCUCUCUUGCCAAUGGCCAUAGGAGUUGGCAAGACGGCACAAACAGAUUUGGGACUAGGCUUGUCUUUGUGUGUGGAGAUGUAGACCUACGUUGCCUCUGAAAGGCAACAUCUCAAAGCACAGCACAUUGCUGGUAUUUUUAGUCCUCCGAGUACAGCAACCUAACCCUACUCUUGUUCUCUUUGUGUCCCAGCCGGGCAGGGCGAUGCCUGGUUAUCCAAGCUCUCCCCUUCCUGGAAACCCCACCCCACCCAUAACCCCGGGCAGUGCGGUGCCCCCCUACAUGUCUCCUGGCCAUGACGUCAAGCCCUCUUUUCUGCCUGACAUCAAGCCAAACAUGAACUCCCUACCCCCACCACCCCCCACAGGUAAACCCAAACAUGACACACUCACACACAGAAUAUGCUUUUGAAAUCCCCUGUCUCUCAGUAGCUAGGCUUCCAUCCAAUUGGGGACAGAUUUUCAUGCGAAUAUUCAAAAAUCUGCAUAAAGAAAAUAGGUACAUUUUCCCACCAGUGGUGUGUUUCCACCAAACGGACUUAUUGGAGAUAAAAAUCAGUGCUGAUGACGUAGUGCACUCAAAAUGUACCUUUUUGCGUAUGUUCUAUGUGUUGUCACAAAAACUGUUGCAUUAAAUAGAAGAUGUGCCUACUAUGGUCUUGUUACGUGUACUUUAGCCAGCAGCUCGCAGAUACAGGGUAAUGGCUAGAAGUGAUCUAGCUUUUGUCGACUCACCGUCAGAUUUGACUUUUCGUAGCAGGUUAGGAGAAUUUACGCAGCAGGUUAUAAUAAUUAGGUAAAGGUUAGGAAAAUGAUUAGGGUUUGCUCAAAUAAAAAAAAAAAAAACUUUUGACGUUAAUUUGACAAUAACUGGAUCCCAUCUAGCCAUGGCUCAGAUACAGUGCGGGUAGGCUAGUUUACAUGAUGAGAUUAUGGAUAUUUUUCAAAACGGCAGUCAACCAUCGAUCAUCAUGUCACCAGAAUAAGACCCUCGACAUUUAUUGGAGAGGAGCAUCAAGCUCAUACCAUGCACUUUCUCCACCCUGUGAAGUUCAUCAUAACUUACUUAAUCUGUAGCCUAAUUUAAACUGCAUGGUUUCCCGAGUCGUAGUGGGAGGACCACACACCAUGUCGUCGCGUGACUCCAAGUUUACUUCAAUAUGAUGGUUAUUAUAUCAAUAUUAGCACAUCAAUGCGUUUCCACUGCCAUUUCUCGCAUAAUUAAUUUUACAGACACAAAAAGGUCCCACCAUGUCAAACUAACAAAUUAUCUGUCGGUAUUUAUACAAUUGUACUGAAACUUCCUGUUUCCAUCACAACUGUCGUGAUUAAUUUUUAUAUGGUAUGACAUUACUCGCAUAAAAACUGUGGAUGGAAGCGUGGUUAGUGUAGUCUUUGGUUUCACCGUUUAUCUGCAUUUACGCAAGUAAUGCUCGGUGCCUCCAGAAAACAGAGAAACCAGUGUUGUGUGUGUUUGGACGGUCUAACAACGAGACAUGGUGGCUGAUUGAUUGCGCCUGGCCUCGCUCAACAGGUAACCCCAGCGACGACCUGCGGCUGACCUUCCCCGUACGAGACGGCGUGGUGCUGGAACCCUUCCGCCUGGAGCACAACCUGGCCGUCAGCAACCACGUCUUCCAGCUGCGCGACUCCGUCUACAAGACCCUCAUGAUGAGGUCCGAGCUCUGCUGCUCUUCAUGUUAUAUACUGCUAUGCUAUACUAUAUUAUACUAUACCAUGCUAUACUAUAAUAUACUGUACUGUGCUAUACUAUAUUAUACUAUACCAUGCUAUACUAUAAUAUACUGUACUGUGCUAUACUAUAUUAUACUAUACCAUGCUAUACUCUAAUAUAAUGUACUGUGCUAUACUAUAUUAUACUAUACCAUGCUAUACUAUAAUAUACUGUACUGUGCUAUACUAUAUUAUACUAUACCAUGCUAUACUAUAAUAUACUGUACUGUGCUAUACUAUAUUAUACUAUACCAUGCUAUACUAUAAUAUACUGUACUGUGCUAUACUAUACCAUGCUAUACUAUACUAUAGUAGGCUAUACUACUAUAUUGCUUUUGUAGAUUAUUUGGCUCGUGUGUGUACCGUACGCAGGCCGGACUUGGAGCUCCAAUUUAAGUGUUACCACCACGAGGACCGUCAGAUGAACACCAACUGGCCAGCGUCGGUGCAGGUGAGCGUCAACGCCACGCCCCUCACCAUCCAGCGCGGUGACAACAAGACUUCCCACAAGCCCCUGUACCUGAAGCAAGUGUGCCAGCCUGGCAGGAACACCAUCCAGAUCACUGUCACCGCCUGCUGUUGUGUAAGUGGCCUGCAGCGCGCACACACACACACACACACACACUCUCUGUUGAAUGGAGUCUCACCAUUGUAACCAACUCUUCUGCAAGUGUCAUGUCACAGUUCAAAUUGAGGCACAGUCAAACCUGUAGCCCUCUAUGUAGAGACAAGUGUUCACUAUUGCACUGAACAUCUCUAAUCCUAAAUAUCUCUUUCGCUGUCUCUUUCCUUCUCUCAACCCCUCGUCCUCUCUACCUGCAGUCGCACCUGUUUGUGCUCCAGCUGGUUCACAGGCCGUCAGUGCGCUCGGUGCUGCAGGGCUUGAUGAAGAAGAGGCUGUUGCCAGCGGAGCACUGUGUCACUAAGAGUGAGUGGAGCAUUUAUUUAAUCUUUAAUUUACCAGGAAAAUCCCAUUGAGAUAUAAAAUCUAUUUUAAAAGGGAAACCUCGCAUUGGAACUAGGACUACCACUGGUACCACCAUUUGCCAUUCUCAGUUGUCUCAAAUCUAUUGCAAAGUCUGAACAAGCUUUUAGUAGUAUACAGUCCAUUCGGAAAGUAUAAAGACCCCUUGACUUUUUCCACAAUUUGUUACGUUACAGACUUAAUCUAAAAUUGAUUAAAUAGUUUUUUUCCUUCAUCAAUCUACACACAAUACCCAUAACGACAAAGCAAAAACAUGUUUUUUGAAAUUGCAAAUGUAAUAAAAAACUGAUAUCACAUAAGUAUUCAGACCCUUUACUCAGUACUUUGUUGAAGCACCUUUGGCAGCGAUUACAGCCUCGAGUCUUCUUGGGUAUGACGCUACAAGCUUGGCACACCUGUAUUUAGGGAGUUUCUCCCAUUCUUCUCUGCAAAUCCUCUCAACCUCUGUCAGCUUCAGGCUCUGGGCCACUCAAGGACAUUCAGAGACUUGUCCCGAAGCCACUCCUGCGUUGUGUUGGCUGUGUGCUUAGUGUCAUUGUCUUGUUGGAAGGUGAACCUUUGCCCCAGUCUGAGGUCCUGAGCGCUCUGGAGCAAUCUCUCUGUACUUUGCUCCGUUCAUCUUUCCCUCGAUCCUGACUAGUCUCCCAGUCCCUGCUGCUGAAAAACACAACCAGAGCAUGAUGCUGCCACCACCAUACUUCACCGUAGCAAUGGUGCAAGGUUUCCUUCAGACGUGACUCUUGGCAUUCAGGCCAAAUAGUUCAAUCUUGGUUUCAUCAGACCAGAGAAUCUUGUUUCUCAUGGUCUGAGAGUCCUUUAGGUGCCUUUUGGCAAACUCCAAGCGGACUGUCAUGUGCCUUUUUACUGAGGAGUGGCUUCCGUCUGGCCACUACCAUAAAGGCCUGAUUGGUGGAGUGCUGCAGAGAUGGUUGUCCUUCUGGAAGGUUCUCCCAUCUCCACAGAGGAACUCUGGAGCUCUGUCAGAGUGACCAUUGGGUUCUUGGUCACCUCCCUGACCAAGGCCCUUCUCCCCCGAUUGCUCAGUUUGGCCGUGCGGCCAGCUUUAGGAAGAGUCUUGGUGGUUCAAAACUUCUUCCAUUUAAGAAUGAUGGCCACUGUGUUCUUGGGGACCUUCAAUGCUGCCGAAACGUUUUGGUACCCUUCCCCAGAUUUAUGCCUCGACACAAUGCUGUCUAGGAGCUCUACGGACAAUUCCUUCGACCUCAUGGCUUGGUUUUUGCUCUGACAUGCACUGUCAACUGUGCAACCUUAUAUAGACAGGUGUGUGCCUUUCCAAAUCAUGUCCAAUCAAUUGAAUUUACCACAGGUGGACUCCAAUCAAGUUGUAGAAACAUCUCAAGGAUGAUCAAUGGAAACAGGAUGAACCUGAGCUCAAUUUCGAGUCUCAUAGCAAAGGGUCUGAAUACUUAUGUACAGAAUUAUUAAUACAUUUACCAGAAAUUAUAAAAACCUGUUUCGCCAUUUUGGGGUAUUGUGUGUAGAUUGAUGAGGAAAAAAUGUAUUUAAUCAAUUUUAGAAUAAGGCUGUAACGUAACAAAAUUUGGAGAAAGGGGUCUGAAUACUUUCCGAAUGCACUUUUAGUAGUAUUUAGUAGCCAUUUAGCAGAUGCUUUUAUCCAAAGCUAAUAACAGUAGUGCGUGCAUAAAUAUUCAUAUUGGUGGCCCCAGCGGGAAUCAAACCCACAAUCCUGACAUCGCAGGCACCAUGCUUUACCAGCUGAGCGACAUAGCCUUUGUGAAACCUGUGCAUUCAUUUCUCCAUCCCUUUUACGCUACCGUCCCAUGAUAAGGCACUGAGUACUACGGGCAUCAUAGCAUUAGCAUUACAUCCUGUGACUCUAGAAUGGGGACUUCACUCACCACAUGGCCUAUAGGUCUCUAAAGCCCUGUUCACACUGCACUUAGCUAAGGGAGCUUUUAGCCUGGGGCUAAGAGAGUGUUCACACUUGCAUAUUAUAAAGUGGGCUAGCACCAACCUUAGCCCAGGUCUAGCCAAUCAGAUUUCCAUUCAAAUCAAAUCAAAUGUUAUUUGCCACAUCACCGAAAACAACAUGUGUAGACCUUACAGUGAAAUGCUUACUUACAAACCCUUAACCAACAAUGCAGUUUUAAGAAAGAAUACCAAAAAAAAUGCAAAUAGUCUGGGUAGCCAUUUGAUUAGAUGUUCAGGAGUCUUAUGGCUUGGGGGUAGAAGCUGUUUAGAAGCCUCUUGGACCUAGACUUGGUGCUCCGGUACCACUUGCCAUGCGGUAGCACAGAGAACAGUCUAUUACUAGGGUGGCUGGAGUCUUUGACAAUUUUUAGGGCCUUCCUCUGACACCACCUGGUAUAGAGGUCCUGGAUGGCAGGAAGCUUGGCCCCAGUGAUGUACUGGGCCGUACGCACUACCCUCUGUAGUGGCUUGCGGUCUGAUGCCGAGCAGUUGCCAUACCAGGCAGUGAUGCAACCAGGCAGGAUGCUCUUGAUGGUGCAGCUGUAGAACCUUUUGAGGAUCUGAGGACCCAUGCCAAAUCUUUUCAGUCUCCUUAGGGGGAAUAGGUUUUGUCGUGCCCUCUUCACGACUGUCUUGGUGUGCUUGGACCAUGUUAGUUUGUUGGUGAUGUGGACACCAAGGAACUUAAAGCUCUCAACCUGCUCCACUACAGCCCCGUCGAUGAGAAUGGGGGCGUGCUCUGUCCUCUUCUUUUUCCUGUAGUCCACAAUCAUCUCCUUUGUCUUGAUCACUUUGAGGGAGAGGUUGUUGUCCUGGCACCACAUGGCCAGGUCUCUGACCUCCUCCCUAUAGGCUGUCUCGUCGUUGUCGGUGAUCAGGCCUACUACUGUUGUGUCAUCGGCAAACUUAAUGAUGGUGUUGGAGUCGUGCCUCGGCAUGCAGUCAUGAGUGGACAGGGAGUACAGGAUGGGACUGAGCACGCACCCCUGAGGGGCCCCCGUGUUGAGGAUCAGUGUGGCGGAUGUGUUGUUACCUAUCCUUACCACCUGGGCGCGGCCCGUCAGGAAGUCCAGGAUCCAGUUGCAGAGGGAGGUGUUUAGUCCCAGGGUCCUUAGCUUAGUGAUGAGCUUUGAGGGCACUAUGGUGUUUAACGCUGAGCUGUAGUCAAUUAAUAGCAUUCUCACAUAGUUGUUCCUUUUGUCCAGGUGUGAAAGGGCAGUGUGGAGCGCAAUAGAGAUUGCAUAAUCUGUGGAUCUGUUGGGGCGGUAUGCAAAUUGGAGUGGGUCUAGGGUUUCUGGGAUAAUGGUGUUGAUGUGAGCAAUGGACCAGCCUUUCAAAGCACUUCAUGGCUACACACGUACGUGCUACGGGUCAGUAGUCAUUUAGGCAGGUUACCUUAGUGUUCUUGGGCACAGGGACUAUGGUGGUCUGCUUGAAACAUGUUGGUAUUACAGACUCGGACAGGGAGAGGUGGAAAAUGUCAGUGAAGACACUUGCCAGUUGGUCAGCGCAUGCUUGGAUUACACGUCCUGGUAAUCCGUCUGGCCCUGCGGCCUUGUGAAUGUUGACCUGUUUAAAGGUCUUACUCACAUCGGCUACAGAGAGCGUGAUCACACAGUCGUCUGGAACAGCUGAUGCUCUCAUGCAUGUUUCAGUGUUACUUGCAUCGAAGCGAGCAUAGAAGUAAUUUAGCUCAUCUGGUAGGCUCGUGUCACUGGGCAGCUCACGGCUGUGCUUCCCUUUGUAGUCUGUAAUAGUUUGCAAGCCCUGCCACAUCGGAUGAGCGUCGUAGCCGGUGUAGUACGAUUCGAUCUUAGUCGUGUAUUGACGCUUUGCCUGUUGGUUCGUCGGAGGGCAUAGCGGGAUUUCUUAUAAGCGUCCGGGUUAGAGUCCCGCUCCUUGAAAGUGGCAGCUCUAUCCUUUAGCUCAGUGCGGAUAUUGCCUGUAAUCCAUGGCUUCUGGUUGAGGUAUGUACGUACAGUCACUGUGGGGACGACGUCAUCGAUGCACUUAUUGAUGAAGCCAGUGACUGAUGUGGUGUACUCUUCAAUGCCAUUGGAAGAAUCCCGGAACAUAUUCCAGUCUGUGCUAGCAAAACAGUCCUGUAGCUUAGCAUCUGCUUCAUCUGACCACUUUUUUUAUUGACCAAGUCACUGGUGCUUCCUGCUAUAGUUUUUGCUUGUAAGCAGGAAUCAGGAGGAUAGAAUUAUGGCCAGAUUUGCCAAAUGGAGGGCGAGGGAGAGCUUUGUACGCGUCUCUGUGUGUGGAGUAAAGGUGGUCUAGAGUUUUUUUUCCUCUGGUUGCACAUUUAACAUGCUGGUAGAAAUGAGGUAAAACGGAUGUAAGUUUCCCUGCAUUAAAUCCCCGGCCACUAGGAGCGCUGCCUCUGGAUGAGCGUUUUCCUGUUUGCUUAUUGCCGUAUACAGUUCAUUGAGUGCAGUCUUAGUGCCAGCAUCGGUUUGUGGUGAUAAAUAGACAGCUACGAAGAAUAUAGAUGAAAACUCUCUUGGUAGAUAGUGUGGUCUACACCUCAGGCUAGAAAAACAUCAACACCUUCCUUAGAUAUCGUGCACCAGCUGUUGUUUACAAAUAUACAUAGACCGCCACCCCUUGUCUUACCAGAGGCUGCUGUUCUAUCCUGCCGAUACAGUGUAUAACCCGACAGCUUUAUGUUAUUCAUGUCUUCGUUCAGCCACGACUUGAAACAUAAGAUAUUACAGUUUUUAAUGUCCCAUUGGUAGGAUAUACGUGCUUGUAGUUCGUCCACUUUAUUAUCAAGUGAUUGUAAAUUGGCCAAUGGUAUCUAUGGCAAAGGCAGAUUAGCCACUCGUUGCCGGCUCCUUACCAGGCUCCCCGAUCUUCUUCCGCGAUAUCUCCUUUUCUUUCUACUGCGAAUGACGGGGAUGAGGGCCCUGUCGGGGGUCUGGAGCAAAUCCCUCUCGUCCGACUCAUUAAAGAACAAUUAUUUGUCCAGUUCAAGGUGAGUAAUCGCUGUUCUGAUGUCCAGAAGCUCUUUUCGGUCGUAAGAGACGGUAGCAGCAACAUUAUGUACAAAAUAAGUUAUAAACGGCAGCCAUCCCCUCCGGCGCCAUUGAAUAUUCUACUCCAGAAAAGUGACAGUUGCUUUCAGUUAACCCUGCUUGUGUGAACACAGGCUAAGUUAACAAAGGGCCAUUCUUAGCAUGAGGCUAAGGAUAGCCCAGGGCUAAGAAAAAUGCAGUGUGAAAAGGCCUUAAAUUCACUCUCUCCCCCGCUCCCCACUGCAGUCAAGAGGAACUUCAGCAGUGGCACCAUCCCAGGGACGCCGGGGCUGAAUGGAGAGGACGGGGUGGAGCAGACAGGUAUCAGGGUAUCCCUCAAGUGCCCCAUCACCUUCCGCCGCAUCCAGCUGCCAGCGCGGGGCCAUGACUGCAGACACAUACAGGUCAGUACUCCUCGCCAGUACCACACCGCUCAGCUUCACUAACACUGCUCCCUCCGGGUGGAAGAAAACACAGUGCUGCAUCUGAAAUGGCACCCUAUUCCCUAAAUAGUGCACUACUUGUAGGGCACUAUAUAGGGAAUAGGGUGUCACUUCAGACGUAGCCAGUGUUGAUCCCCCACCUCUUCCCUGGAGAUAGGCUAUACAACGCUUGAGUGCCAAGGAAGUCACAUGUCAGAGCUCUAUACACAUGUGAGGGUGAGGAGUUGUGAAAGGCGGAUCAAUGUUAUGUUUCUGUAUCAGGAUGUUGUUGAAUUUUCCGCUAAACCUACUAUCUCUCUCUACCUGGUUUCAGUGUUUCGACCUGGAGUCCUACCUGCAGCUGAACUGUGAGAGGGGGACCUGGCGCUGUCCUGUGUGCAAGUACGUUAGAAUAGUAGACUACUACAUAACUCCCUUGCACGGUUCAAAUAGAUUGAAGCUCACUACUAUGUCCUAAAUAGAUUGAAGCUCACUACUAUGUUUACAUUUACAUUUACAUUUAAGUCAUUUAGCAGACGCUCUUAUCCAGAGCGACUUACAGUUAGUGAAUACAUUAUUAUAAAAAAAAUGUAUACUGGCCCCCCGUGGGAAUCGAACCCACAACCCUGGCGUUGCAAACGCCAUGCUCUAUCAACUGAGCUACAUCCCUGCCGGCCAUUCCCUCCCCUACCCUGGACGACGCUGGGCCAAUUCGAACCAGGAUCUCUAGUGGCACAGUUAGCACUGCGAUGCAGUGCCUUAGACCAUGUCCUAAAUAGAUUGAAGCUCACUACUAUGUCCUUUCCCCCUUGCAGUAAGACGGCUCUACUGGAGGGUCUAGAGGUGGACCAGUACAUGCUGGGGAUCCUCAUCUACAUUCAUAAGUAAGAACCAACUCCUGCAUGUCAUGCUGACUUGUACCUGAUUCUGCUUUAUAUUCUUCCCCCCAUAUUCCUCUCCCAUUCUCUAUUAUUUCCCCCCUCCCAACCUCCUCACCAAUAUAUCUCUCACAAAACCCACACCACAGUUACGUCCUGAAUGGCAGCCUAUUCCCUAUAUGGUGCACUACUUUUGUCCAGAGACCUAUCUGGUCAAAAGUAGUGCACCAUAUAGGGAAUAUGGUGCUAUUUAAUCUGCAGCCACGUAUCUAAAACGUUCACCUCUGAAUUGUACACGCACGCAGCUCGGAGUAUGAGGAGAUUACCAUUGACCCGGUGUGCAGCUGGAAACCCGUUCCCAUCAAACCCGACCUUCACAUCAAAGAAGAGCCGGACGGUCCGGCACUGAAGCGCUGCCGCACCCUGAGCCCCAGUCACAUGAUCUUGCCCAGUGUCAUGGAGAUGAUCGCCUCCCUGGGCCCAGCCUCAUCGCCCUACCCCUCCAUGCCAGCAGGGGGAAACGGCAGUACUCCGGACUACCCCAGCCAAGGUAGACUGACUAGCUCCUCUCAUGCGGUAGGGAAGCGUGGUGUCCUUUUCACUUCCAUAUCCACUUUUUUAAAGUAUUUUUUUUAAUGGACUUCAAGAGUAGCCUGAAAUCGAGAACCUGUUUUGUGCUAACAUUCCACUCCUUGGACUCUGUGUCACUGCCAAACGUGUAUGGCAUUAAAAGGAGUAGAAAGACAGCACAAACAGAAUGGUAUAGGGGAGAGUUGGGUCAGUCGAGCCAAAGGGUUAGUUGAGCCACCCCUUGUUUCUAGAAAACUAUACAUAAAAUGUAUUAUGUGACCAAAUAUCAUCAAUGUGACCAAUAUCAUCAAAUCAAAAUGUAUUUGUCACAUGCGCCGAAUACAACAGGUGUAGACUUUACCGUGAAAUGCUUACUUAGGAAGCCUUUCCCAACAAUGCAGUUAAAAGUAAUACAAAUUUGCUAAAUAAUAGAAAUUGUAACACAAUAAAAUAACAAUAACGAGGCUAUAUACAAGGAGUCCCGGUACUGAGUCAAUGUGCAGGGGUAUGAGGUAGUUGAGUUAAUUGAGGUAAUAUGUGCAUGUAGGUAGGGGUAAAAGUGAUCCUUUCAUGGAAUCUGUGAAGAAAGAAACCACAUGGAAAAAGUGGUAAGCAAAUGAGGUGCUUGUAUCUAAACCAAAGUGGUAAGCAAAUCAUGAUGCUUGUAUCUAAACCAAAGUAUAUUGUUUUUCUUUACACCAGUUGGGGUCUUUAUGAGUUUCAGUAUGAGAUCCUUAACCUAUCAUGAAAGUGCAUCCUUGUAGCUGUGUGUAGGCUAAUAUAGUCAAAAUGGUUGCUGUGGGGUAAAUUGAGCCAUUUGUCCAGGUGCAAGUUCAGCCAAUGGAUGAUCCAAUGGCAAGUUAAGCAAAUUGUUGCAAAGUGUUUUCUUCCCAGACGUAAGGCAUGGUAUUAUCGCCGGAAUAUGAGGUAACUCCAGGGCCUGGCCUAUGUUAAAAGUGUUUUAAAAAAGUACAAAGUGUUUGUUAGUUGUUAAGCGUAUGUUAAGUGUUAAAUCUGUGUUAAAAGGUGCUUAAAAUGAUUAAAAUAAAAGUGAUUGUGUUUGGGGAAAAAAUAUGGACAUUUUCUAGGUUUCCAUCCAAUUGGCGACAGAUUUAAAUGCGAAUAAUCUCAAAUCUGCAUAAAAACAUGUGCGUUUUCCCUCCAGAGAUGUUUGACUUGUUGCGGAUAAAAUGCUGUGCGUGAUGACGUAGUGCGUAUAAAAAUAACUUUUGCGGUUAAAUUCCCAUGUACCGAAUAAAUAAUACAAGUUAAAUGGGUUUCCAUUGCAUUUUCAACUCUACUGAUGGUUUUGUCACAAAAAAUGCUGCGUUAUAUAGCGAAUGUGCCCCUCUGGUCUAGCCAACAGCUAGCAGAUACAGUGUGGGUAGGCUACCUACAUAAUGAGAUUAUUAUGGACAAAAGAGCUAGAUUAUUUUUAUUUGUCAAACGGUAGCCAAGCGUCAGUCAUCAUGUCACCAGAUUAAGACCCUAAAUAUAGAUUUAUUGGAAAGGAGUAGCAAGCUCAUCACUGUGCACUUUCAACACCCUCUGAAGUUAAUCAUAAAUGAUUUGAUCUGUAGCCUUAUAAACUGUAUGCUUUCCCGAGUUGUAGUGGUAGGAUCACAAUAUAUCAUCGCGUGACUCCCAAGUUUACUUCGGUAUGAUGGUUAUUAUAUCAAUAUUUGUUCAUAAAGGCAUUUCCACCGCCAUUUCUCGCAUAAUUAAUUUUACAGACACAAAAAGAUCCCACCUUGUCUAGCGUAUUUUGUUUUGUCGACAUUUGGAAAGUUUACUCACAAAUGUUCUGUUUCCAUCUGGUCUGUCGUGACAUUUUUUUAUCAGACUUUACUCGCAUAAAAAGGUUGGAUGGAAAACUAGGUUAUGGUUUUAAAAAAGAUUAAUGAUAAUAUUUCAACCAGUACAGACAUUUGUAGGCAGCUCAAGUUACACUGUCCCUAUACUCAAAUUACCCCAUACCCAGGGUACGUUCUGCCAAGAGUCCACUUUUUUAGGACAAGCUAUGUUUUCAAAACUGUUAUGUUUACAUUAAUUCUGAUUAUUUCCAGGGAUACACAACAUCCUGAAAGAUAUUUCCUGAAAUAUAUUUAUUUGUUAGAAAGAAUAUUACAUUUCAAGAAUAUUACAUUUACAAGAAUAUUACAUUUCCCUUGACGUAAUGAUGCUACGUUACAGCCUUAUUCUAAAAUGGAUUAAAUAAAUAAAUCUCAGCAAUCUACUAACAAUACCCCAUAAUGACAAAGCGAAAACAUGGGCGGCAGGUAGCUUAGUGGUUAAGAGCGUUGUGCCAGUAACCGAAAGGUCGCUGGUUCUAAUCCCCGAGCCGACUAGGUGAAAAAUCUGUCGAUGUGCCCUUGAGCAAGGCACUUAACCCUAAUUGCUCAUGUAAGUCGCUCUGGAUAAGAGCGUCUGCUAAAUGACAAAAAAAAAAAAAUAAUAAUAAGUAUUCAGACCCUUUGCUAUUAGACUCGAAAUUGAGCUCAGGUUCAUCCUGUUUCCAUUUAUCAUCCUUGAGAUGUUUCUGCAAAUUGAUUAGAGUCCACCUGUGGUAAAUUCAAUUGAUUGGACGUCUAUAUAAAGGUCCCACAGUUGACAGUGCAUUUCAGAGCAAAAACCAAGCCAUGAGGUUGAAGGAAUUGUCCGUAGAGCUCCGAGACAGGAUUGUGUCGAGGCACAGAUCUGGGGAAGUGUACCAAAACAUUUCUGCAGCAUUGAAGGCCCCCAAGAACACAGUGGCCUCCAUCAUUCUUAAAUGGAAGAAGUUUGGAACCACCAGGGAGGUGACCAAGAACUAGAUGGUCACUCUUACAGAGCUCUAGAGUUCCUCUGUGGAGAUGGGAGAAACUUCCAGAAGAACAACCAUCUCUGCAGCACUCCACCAAUCAGGUCUUUAUGGUAGAGUGGCCAGACGGAAGCCACUCCUCAGUAAAAGGCACAUUACAGCCUGCUUGGAGUUUGCCAAAAGGCACCUGAAGACUCUCAGACCAUGAGAAACAUGAUUAUCUGGUCUGAUGAAACCAAGAUUGAACUUUUUGGCCUGAAUGCCAAGCGUCACGUCUGGAGGAAACCUGACACCAUCCCUACAGUGAAGCAUGGUGGUGGCAGCAUCAUGCUAUGGGGAUGUUUUUCAGCGGCAGGGACUGGGAGACUAGUCAGGAUCGAGGCAAAGGUGAACGGAGCAAAGUACAGAGAUCCUUGAUGAAAACCUGCUCCAGAGCGAUCAGGACCUCAGACUGGGGUGAAGGUUCACCUUCCAACAGGACAACAACCCUAAGCACACAGCCAAGACAACGCAGGAGUGACUUCGGGACAAGUCUCUGAAUGUCCUUGAGUGGCCCAGCCAGAGCCUGGACUUGAACCCGAUCGAACAUCUCUGGAGAGACCUGAAAUUAGCUGUGCAGCAACGCUCCCCAUCCAACCUGACAGAGCUUGAGAGGAUCUGCAGAGAAGAAUGGGAGAAACUCCACAAAUACAGGUGUGCCAAGCUUGUAGCGUCAUACCCAAGAAGACUUGAGGCUGUAAUCGCUGCCAAAGGUGCUUCAACAAAGUACUGAGUAAAGGGUCUGAAUACUUAUGUAAAUGUUAUAUUUCAGUUUAUUUUUAAUUAAUUUGCAAACAUUUCUAAAAACUAGUUUUUGCUUUGUCAUUAUGGGGUAUUGUGUGUAGAUUGAUGAGGGGGAAAAAAACAAUUAAUUCCAUUUUAGAAUAAGGCUGUAAUGAAACAAAGUGGAAAAAGUCAAGGGGUCUGAAUACUUUCUGAAUACACUGUGUCUUAAGUGACUGCGUUUUCAUGAAUUUCAUUAUGUCAUCUUGAAGUCCAGUCAAAAACAGUAUGGGACUUUAUACGGAAGUGGAGAUGGAACUAGACAUGACUUUCCCAGUGGAUAACAAACCACGGUCGUGUCCAGUUGGCAUGAAAUAGAAGAAAAGAAAACACUGAACCAGAUACCAGUCCCUUUAGGAUUCUGCGAUUAUUAUGCGAGGGGUUUCACAUUUGACCAAUCACCGCACUAUUACUGCAUAAAACAGUCAAAUCACUGCAAUAUUACCACAUAAAACUGUAUGAUCACCGCACUACAAAAAGAGUGCUCACAAUUUUUACCAAUUGCUACACUUUUAAAGUAUAAAAUGGUUAAAUCAAGCCACACGUCAACAAACCUUUCCCCCUGUUUUCAUGACAAAGUCAGUGCAUUUUUGUGACAAAUUGGACAAAAUCAUCGCAAAUUGAGAAGGGAAAGGGGAUACCUAGUCAGUUGUACAACUGAAUGCAUUCAAUUGAAAUGUGUCUUCCGCAUUUAACCCAACCCCUCUGAAUCUAAAACCAAAAAACGCUGCAAAGGGGGACUGAGAUACGAUAGGAUAUUGUCUCACAAAGGAAACACCUGUUUUUAUUUUCUGUCACAAAAUAUUUGUACACGUUUUUUUAUGGAGUGCCCUAAUGAACACAACGCAGAGUUCAUUCAGUAAAGAAUGGUUCUGGCGUUUUUUCUUUAGUGUACAAAUACAAAGGUUUUGGACUGGUUUUCCCUCAAUAGCCAAAUCACCUCUCAUAGCCAUUCCCUGCUAAAACAUUACUCUUAUUUUUUACAAAGUAUUGCCGAGUCAAGAAUUUGAAAUUGAUAAAUUAGCAAAUGCUCUCUGUGAGAAAAAAAUAUGAAACGUUCUUCUCAUGUAAAUUGAUGGUAAAAGGGUGGAAAAUGUGUGAAUAACAAGAGUGUAUGUCUGUUUCUGCCUAGGAUUGGGAUACCCUAACCAGCCUGGGUUCUCAGACUUCCCAAAUUCCCCUGGCACCCCUAAUGUUGGGGAGUUCUCCUCGGGACCACCCCCCCUCUCCUACCAGGCUGAUUUGCCAAGUGGACUCCUCACUCCAGACAAACCUAUCGGACAUCCCAUGUCAUCCCAGGUACUAACCUCUACCCUGCUGAGUGCUUUGUUCUUCCUGUUCUCAAUAGUCUGGAGUCUUGAUUAACGAAUCCACCGCACCUCUAAAAUAAUAAUGUUUGUGCUCUUACGUAUUAUGGUUCACUUUUCUUGUAGCCAGCUGUCGUUUAGAGACCGAACUGUGGAGUGUUGUUGUAGACCUGGUCUUUCUUUCUUUUGUAUGUGCAUCCUGGUUGACUAAUCAGUGUUGAUGAGACAUGUCGUUAUGAUAAGUUAUCCAUAAAAUUCAUAAUGUAAUCUGAAUGAAUUAACCAUAUAAAGUUGAAGUUCAACUAUAAAAAAUAUCCCAAGGUUAAGUGUGGGUUAAGAUGGUUUCAUAUAUUGCCUUGUUCUCUUGGCCGUUCUACAAAUCACAGGUGCCAUCAAAGUCAUAAAGUAUGUAAUGAAUUGAUGAUGAUUUCUAAUUGAAAGCAGCAUGACACUUUUGAAUAGUAGUUGAAUUUGAGUUGAAUUGGCAUGUUAUUUUUUUUAAAAUGUUUUCCUUCUAACACUCGGAACCAUGAUAGACUUCGAUGUGGCACUGACGUGUAUUACAGGAGCAAAUAAUCCUGUCACCUUCUUUUCAACUCAGAUUCCCCAUUUGGGCCGCAUGGACUCCUCCCACAGUUCUCUCCAGCAUCAACAGCAUCAGCAGCAUCAAGGCCUCCACGGCAACUCGCACCUCGGGGGACCAGGGGCACCCAUGAUGCAGCCUCGCAAUCCCUCCCAAAACACCAGACUACACACAGAAAGCUCCUUUGGGUUAGGGGGUCCCGCUUGCUCAGAGGUGCCAGAGCCUUCCUUGGAUGUGAGUAGCAACAUUUUAAUUCACUUCAUUCACUCACUUCAUGAACUAGCUACUCAGUGCAUUGCUACACGACAUUUACAUUCACACUGUACACAAUGGCUGUAUCGCAUUAGUGGAAUCCAAGACUGUUUUCAGGGCAGGUCUGCUGGUUUUGACUAGCAUAAGUUACUUUUCUGUAGCAGGUUAGGAGAAUUAGGUUAAGGUUAGGAAACGGGUUAGGUAAAAUGUUAAAAUUGUCCCAAACGUGGGGCCUCCCGAGUGGCGCAGCGGUCUAAGUUACUGCAGUGCUUGAGGCGUCACUACAGAUCCAGGUUCGAUCCCGGGCUGUGUCUCAGCCGGCCACGACCGUGAGACCCAUGAGGCGACGCACAAAUGGCCCAGCGUUGUCUGGGUUGGGGGAGGGUUUGGCCGGCCGGGAUGUCCUUGUCCCAUCUCGCUCUAGCGACUCCUGUGGCAGGCCGGGCGGGCGCAUGCACGCUGACACGGUCGCCAGUUGUACGGUGUUUCCUCUGACACAUUGGUGUGGCUGGCUUCCGGGUUAAGCGAGCAGUGUGUCAAGAGGCUGUGAAGCUUGGCAGGGUUGUGUUUCGGAAGACGCAUGGCUCUCGACCUUCGCCUCUCCCGAGUCUGUACGGGAGUUGCAGUGAUGGGACAAGACUGUAACUACCAAUUGGAUAUCACGAAAUUGGGGAGAAAAAGGUAAAAUAAAAUGUUGAUCUUGUCUCAUUGCUGCAACUCCCCAACGGGCUCGGGAGGUGACGGUCGAGUCAUGCGUCCUCAGAAACAUGACCCGCCAAACCGCGCUUCUCAACACCCGCCCGCUUAACCCGGAAGCCAGCCGCACCAAUGUGUCGGAGGAAACACUGUUCAACUGACGACCGAGAUCAGCCUGCAGGAUGCCAGCCUGCCACAAGGAGUCGCUAGAGCGCGAUGAGCCAAGUAAAGUCCCCCUGGCCAAACCCUUCCCUAACCCGGACGACGCUGGGCCAAUUGUGCGCCGCCCUAUGGGACUCCCAAUCACGGCCGGUUGUGAUACAGCCCGGGAUUGAACCCGGGUCUGUAAUGACGCCUCUAGCACUGCGAUGUAGUGCCUUAAACUGCUGCGACACCCGGGAGGUAACUCAAACAUAUCUAGCUACAACCAGGCCUGUCCUGAGAACAGUCUUGGUUUCCACUAAUGCAGAGCUGCUACGCAAUGGCCCUCAUUCAUCAACAUGUUCAUAAAUAGGGCAACAUUUUCAUAGUGCCAGAUUGAGGUUUAUGGUAAGUUUUGAACUUUUCACAAUGCUUUUGCACUACGUAAUGUGUAUUAUGUUGUUGAGGAAAAAUAGUUUGAGGAAUCAGGCAGAACUCAUUUAUUAGCAAUAACAGAUUUAUUCAAGCAAUUGGAAGGAAGAUCACUCUCAGGAUGAACCUGGAAAGUAACUUCCAGGAUCUACUGGAAAGGAAUUCUCAGUAUAUACCGGAAAGGAUCUCAAAGAUUUUACAUUCACAGUCUUUAUAUACUUCAUCUACACAAAGAGCUGCUUAACCCUCCUAGGGGGAGGCAAGCUUACAUGAGAGAUAAGGGGUACUUAGCUCUACUCCCUUAAAGCAUACAAAAAAUAAAAGCUAGUUCUCACAGCCUAUGUGUCUAAGAUAGGGGAGUGAUAAGAUCUUUAGAGCCUAAACAGACAGGAGAAGAAUUCAGCCUGGAUGGCUUUUAGUGUCCCAGAGAUAAGGCCGAAUAACAAAUCACUCCUUUGUAGGGUGUAUGAAGAGGUUAAUGGACAGCUGUGGAAAAUUACCAGUGACACUGGAAAAUUACCAUUGACUGUAACAAACCAUUUUGCACCCACAAUAGCAUUAGACUGUAAUAAAACAAUUUUGCGCCAACAAUGUGUAAUAAACAUAAUGUGUGGAUUUGAUCUUAUGAAAAACCCAUUUGCAAAACCAACACAAGUUUAAUGUUUGACUUCUACAAGCAGGGCUCUAAAGUGCGACCAUUUUGAUCGCAUAUGCUCCUAAAUAUUUUUCUGUGUGACCUGACGUUUAAUUUUGGGAGCACCAGUGCGACCAGGAUAAAAAAUCAUCCAGAUAAUAAUUGUUGUAAUGAUAGGCUUCACUGUGCAGGUGUUUCCGAGUGCCCUGAUGCAUCAGUCAUUUCUUGCAACUUUCUGAAGACGUAACGGCAUGGGAAUGCCUGUGUCUACCAUUUUGUGUACCAGUUAGCGAUGCCGAAACAGUAAUUUCUAAAGGCUUUCCCAUAAAACUUUUCCAAAUUAAAUGUUAACUGCAAAGUAGGCUUACCUGGCUGAAUAUGAUGAUAUGAUGAUUUAUCAAUCGGGUGGUCUUUUGUUUUGCAAACUCUGCUGUUGCAAAUUAUUACACUGAACAAAAAUAUAAACGCAACAUGUAAAGUGUUGGUUCCAUGUUUCAUGAGCUGAAAUAUAAGAUCCCAGAAAUGUGCACAAAAAGCGUAUUUCUCAAAAAUUUGGUGCACACAUUUGUUUACAUCCCUGUUAGUGAGCAUUUCUCCCUUGCCAAGAUAAUCCAUCCACGUGACAGGUGUGGCAUAUCAAGAAGCUGAUUAAACAACAUGAUCAUUAAAUAGGUGCACCUUGUGCUGGGGACACUAAAAGGCCCUCUGUGUCCAGUUUUGUCACACAACACAAUGCCACAGAUGUCUCAAGUUUUGAGGCAGCGUGCAAUUGGCUUGCUGACUGCAGGAAUGUCCACCAGAGAUUUUUCCAGAAAAUGUAAUGUUCAUUUCUCUACCAUAAGCCGUCGUUUCAGAGAUUUUGGCAGUACGUCGAACCGGCCUCACAACCACAGACCACGUGUAGCCAUGCCAGUCCAGGACCUCCACAUCCAGCUUCUUCACCUGUGGGAUCGUCUGAGACCAGCCACCCGGACAGCUGAUAAAACUGUGGGUUUGCACAACCGAAGAAUUUCUGCACAAACUGUCAGAAACCGUCUCAGGGUAGCUCAUCUGCGUGCUCGUUGUCCUCACCGGGGUAUUGACCUGACUGCAGUUCGGCGUCGUAACUGACUUCAGUGGGCAAAGGCUCACCUUUGAUGGCCACUGGCAUGCUGGAGAAGUGUGCUCUUCACGGCUGAAUCCCGGUUUCAACUGUACCGGGCAGAUGGCAGACGUAUGGUGUCGUAUGGGUGAGUGGUUUGCUGAUGUCAAUGUUGUGAACAGAGUGCCCCAUGGUGGGGUUAUGGUAUGGUAUGGGCAGGCAUAAGCUACAGACAACGAACACAAUUGCAUUUUAUCGAUGGCAAUUUGAAUGCACAGAGAUACCGUGACAAGAUCCUGAGGCCCAUUGUCAUGCCAUUCAUCCGCCGCCUUCACCUCAUGUUUCAGCAUGAUAAUGCACGGCCCCAUGUCGAAGGAUCUGUACACAAUUCCUGGAAGCUGAAAAUGUCCCAGAUCUUCCAUGGCCUGCAUACUCACCAGACAUGUCACCCAUAGAGCAGUUUGGGAUGCUCUGGAUCGACGUGUACGACAGCGCCCCUACCUUUUAAAAAAGUUAUCUGUAACCAACAGAUGCAUAAUCGAUAUUCCCAGUCAUGUGAAAUUAAUAAAUUAGGGCCUAAUGAAUUUAUUUAAAUUAACUGAUUUCCUUAUAUGCAUGUACAGAAACACCACUAGCCAAACACCAGUCUCUUGAGGUGCGCAAUUGAAAUUAAAAGGCAACAAUACCCUACAAAAUAUGUUUUAUUUUGUUCCCCAGACCUCAAAAGUAUAAGCGUUGUUGUGGACUUAGAACAUGCAAUUUUGUUGGUUUUCUAUUUUUUUAAAGUGUGAUUUUGAGAGAAAAACUGGGGGAAAUCUGAAACCUGGAAAAACAAAACAGAGAAGAAAAUAAAUCAGAUCUACCUGCCACAGUGGUUGGUGGACCAAAAAGUUCAUUUUUAGGCACUGUUCAUAAACCAUGUCGCGGAUUAUUCCAAAACCACUCACAGGUAUUUGUUUACACCUUGUUCAGUCAUGUUACCUCAUUAGCUAGCUAGCUAGCUAACAACCUGGUGACUUUACCGGUACAUCUAAACAGAAAGAAAGGAAAAGGCAUAGCUUCUUUAGAAGAUCAAUGAUCAUAGCAAUGAAUGAAUGACUGAUCUCUUGCAUCUCACAAACCUGACGGUCUUAAAAAUACUUUCAAUGUAAUGCAUCUCAAUAGGUAGUGCUUUUACACAAUGUAGAAACCUAAUAUUCCACAAAUGACUUUGUAAUUUCAAUGACAGGUUUUUGUAUCAAUAUUUUAGCUUUUUAUAACAAACAAAUGUCUUUACAGGGUUAAAUAUUCAUUUCUAGAGCACAACAUGUGCUUCAAAAGUAGCUAGAAUUCAUAUAGGCCCAAUAUGCUAUAUCUCAAUCAAUUAAAACAAAUAUAUUCUGGUGCUCCUAGAUUUUAUGUUGUGCUCCUAACACCAGUGCUACCAAUGAAAUAAGUUAAUUUAGAGCAAUGUGCAUACGAGUGGUCUCGGACCAAUUUACAUUUACGUUAUCCAGAGCGACUUACAGUAGUGAGUGCAUACAUUUUCAUACAGAUCUGAGCUACAAAAAAAAUCAGAGCUACAAAAAAAUGUGCAAGACAAUGGCUAAUGCCAAUGAUGACUAUAUUUGUGCUGUGAAUGAUUGAUUGAUGAGCGAGGCACAAUGUGUUCAUAAGCACAGUACCUGUUGUUGUACAUAAUCUUUAGGGAUUCUCAUUUCUCUUUCUCCUCUGCAGUUACUUCCUGAAUUGACAAAUCCAGAUGAGCUGCUGUCUUACCUUGGCCCCCCCGAUUUACCGAGCAACAGCAAUGAUGACCUACUCUCCCUCUUUGAGAACAACUGAGUCCUGGUGCUCCUCUCCAGUCUCCCAUGGUUCCCUGCAACACAUAAACUACAAACGAGAAGUAUCCCACCUACAAUGUGGGUAUUAAAAAUACUUCCUGUAAUAUAAGAGCUCCCCUUGAGCCGAAAAUGGCCGUCAGUGGUGGGGGUGUCGAGAGGACUUUUGAAUAUGCGGAAAAUCUUUGAUGUCCUUUGUCUGACUAUAAACUAUGGUAAUAUUUUGUUUUAUAUCUGUAAACAAUUCCCGCAUCCAUUCCCUUGUUACUACCUUUCUUGCCCAAGGAUCCAAUUUUAUUUAAAUGCUUCCUUACUAGAAUCACAUUUAUUGUAUGUCAUUCAGAAGGGAUUAUAAAUGUAUGUACAUUUUCUUAGUCAAUGCAGUUGUGAUGCAAACUUAUGUCCAACUGAAUUUGGUGAGUUUGAAAUGUCCAUCAAAGUAUGAUUAAAUAACACCUUUUUUAAUUUACAAUAAUAAAUUGAAGAUUAAUACAUUGAGGGGAUGCCCUAUGUGUUUCAAAGAUAAACGAGAAAAUAUGUAUUUUCACUGCCUUUUACUGUGAUUUAUCAAUGCAUUCAUUCCAAGCUAUGAUCAUUUAGCACACUGGCACACAAACAAUUACUCAGUCUUUUUCUAUUCUAAAUUAACAGAUUUUUAUGCAUAAAUGUUUGACAUUAUAUUCAUUACAAUGGUUAACAACCUGGAAGGCAAAUGGAAUAAAUGGCAAUCUGUAA